UUUCUUCUCUCUUCGCUCUUCACCCAGAGAGUUUCUCUCGGUCUUCUCUGCCCUCCUUUCUACCGAUUUCUCCCAACUCCUUCCUUUCUUUCUUCUCUACUAUCACCAAAAACCCCGCAACCACCCGUUCAGGGCUUCAUCAAAAUGUCCUCAAGAGCUCUCCCCCAAACCCUCCGCUCCAUCACCGCCAUCAAAAUCGGCGAACUCUCCAAACAGCGGGUCCUGUUUGACAAGCAACGCACCAGGAUUCUGCAGGCCGCCGGGAACUCCCCCGAUCUCCGAUCCAAAGCCCAGGUCUUGCUCGAAGGCGUCACCAAGCUCAAGGGGUUCCCCAAUGAUGCACAUGACAAGGAGGACCUGGAUGUGGACGAGUCGGACCACGAGGGCGACGUGAGGGACGGGUCGGAACGCGCUGCGCACGUCAAUGUUCGUCGGUUCCUGCUGCAGAGUCGCUACGAUCUUUCGGUCUCGGAUCGCAGUCUGAAGGAGUGGGUGGGCGAGCUGGAGAAUGAAGUGCGCUAUCUUCAAUUGCGACAUGAGCAUGCUUCGUUUUACAGUAAGUUGGUCACCGAGUGGCUGGCGAGUCUGGAAGAGGAGCCCGCUGCGGCGGCUGAGGACGGAGAAGGCGAGCCGGUGGGCCGCGCGGAGAUGCACGAGCAGCGCGAGACGUGGGAGAAUUACGUAUUCAAGGAGGCGGACGUGGACAGGGAUGCGAUUAGGGACUAUCUGGAUCGGCUUUUCACCGAGACUGCGUUGUCGAAGCAGGCGUUGAAGGAGCUGCGCGAGAAGAUCAAGUCCUUUGGUACGGAACUCGCGUCCAAGCGGACGUGGAUUACCGUCGACGAGCUGGGAUGGGUCAGCAAGGCGUUGUUGAGAUCGGAUCUGCUGUCGAAGGAGAAGACAAAUAUUCUCAAGGAGUUCAUGCGCAACCCGGCUGUCGCCCAGGAAGUGGCGGACGUGUUGAACAUGCGUCUCGCUGCUCUGGAGAGCUGGAGCUGGCCGGCUGAGGGGAUCCCGGUCGAAAUGCGCCGCCAGCUGAAUGGCAAGUACCGGGUUUUCAUGGAUGAAGAUAUCUUGGACGCUCUCCUGUUCCAGUACCUCGGUGUCAAAUGGGCGGUGACGUUUAGGUUCGCUUUUGAUGCCUUCGUUAACACGCGCGCCUGGAAGAAGCAGAGCCCGAACAUACCCAAGCGCGUCAAGAGGCAGCAGAGCAAGUAUUUCCAUGACACCGGGAGAGGCUAUCAAGGGUCUGGCAUCUACAGUGUGGAAGACUAUCGACUGCGGACGUACAAAUCGAACUAUUUCAUGACCCAGCUGCCUUCGUCUGUGGAGGAGAACGUGCCGGAAUACGGCGACGAAGGUGACGCUGGAUCGACAUAUAGUACAGAGAGGGCCCGCAAGAACGCUCUAGAGACGAAACAUUCCCUCCUCCAUCUCCUGAUCACAGAAUCCCUUAUUCACACCACCCAGUACGGAGAAUUCACGGCCCUUCGGUCGGACUUCAAGUACUUUGGGCCGUCUCUUCCGCACACCACGAUGUUGACCGUGCUGGAAUACUUCGGAAUGCCCCAAAACUGGCUCGAUUUCUUCCGGACCUUCCUUGAGUCCCCCUUGAAAUUCACACAGGACGGACCCGAUGCCGCCACCCAGGUCCGUCGGCGUGGAAUUCCCAUGAGCCACACGCUGUCCGAUUGCUUUGGCGAAGCGGUUCUCUUCUGCAUGGACUAUACCGUGAACAAAAACACGGACGGCGCGUUCCUGUACCGGCUGCACGACGACUUCUGGUUCUGGGGCCACGAGCAGACCUGCGUUCAGGCGUGGAAGGCCAUGACCGAGUUCACCCAGGUGAUGGGUCUUGAAUUCAACGAGGAAAAGACCGGCACGGUGCGACACGCGAAGAAAGAUGAUCCAAAGCAACAAGCCACGCCCAAGACCGACGACUUGCUCCCUGCUGGCGAUAUCCGGUGGGGCUUCCUGAAACUCGACGCGCAGGAAAGCCGAUUCGUCAUCGACCAGGAGCAGGUCGACAAUCACAUCGAGGAGCUGCGGCGUCAGAUAUCUGCCUGUCCCAGCAUCUUUGCCUGGAUACAGGCGUGGAACAGCUACUUCGGGCGCUUCUUCGCCAACAACUUUGGUAAACCCGCCGUCUGCUUCGGACGUAGUCACAUCGACAUGGCCAUCUCCACUCUCAGUCGCAUCGAACGCUCCCUGUUCCCCGACAGCCCCAGUGGCGUCACCGACCACCUGCGCAAGAUGAUUGCCGAACGGUUCGACAUCCACGACCUCCCAGAGGGCUUCUUCUACUUCCCCGUCGAACUGGGCGGUCUGGAGCUCCUGAACCCGUACGUCCCGCUCCUCGCCAUGCGCGAGGACAUCAAGAAGACCCCGCUGGGCCGACUCCACAAGGCGCGCCUGGAAGACGAGAAGGACUACUACGCCGCGAAGGAGGUGUUCGACAAGUCGGGCGGACGGAGGGACAGCGACGAGGAGUCCUCUGCCGAGUUCAUGUCCCUCGCCGAGUACACCAAGUACGCCGAGAGCUUCAGCAUCCCCCUCCUGCAGGCGUACCGCGAUCUCAUCCGCAUCCCGGACGAGGUCGACAUCAACCAGACCCCGAAGCUGCGCGCCAACCAGAUGUCCCUGGGCGAGGACGCCGGAACCCGCAGCGCCAUCUCCGAAGACUGGACCACCAUGUCGCCCUACUGGCGGUGGAUCGCCGAGCUGUACCAGGGCGAGAUGGUUCGGCGAUACGGCGGUCUGGCCGCUGUGAACAGAGAGUUCAUGCCUUUGGGAGUGAUCAAGACUUUGAAGGAGGGAAAGAUGAGAUGGCAGGGCUAGGUUGGGAUAUUGAUUGAUACCCCUUUAUGAAAAUGCAUAUAUUGAUAUGCCAUGUAUGACUAUUUAUGCGUUAUGACCAAUCCUCACUUUUCAUGCUUCGCU